AUGACAGUGGUUAUAAUUGUUUCAUUUGUUCUCAGGAGCACCUAUGGAGAGUUUUUGUACGUGGAUCCAACGGUCACAGAUUUGUGGAUUAGUUUCACACUGAAUGGAAGUAAGCAGGACCCUCCUCCAAGUUUCAAUACAAAGACCACAACCCAGGACUUCCUGAUGGUCAUCCUUGCCCUGGUGGGGCUGGGAGGAAAUGCGGUUGUGCUCUGGCUCCUGGGCUUCCAGACACAGAGGAACGCUUUCUCCAUUUACAUCCUCAACUUGGCCGGCGCUGAUUUUCUUUACCUCUCCAUCCGCACUAUAUUCUGCCUCCAGAGACUCAUCAACAACUUUUAUGAUGUCUUCUUAGACAUCCCUGAACUUUUACUCACUAUGUUUUUUUGUGCCUAUAUUGCAGGCCUGAGCCUUCUCAGUGCCAUUAGCACUGAGCGCUGUCUCUUGGUUCUGUGGCCCAUCUGGUACCGCUGCCACCGUCCCAAACACAUGUCAGCUGUCAUUUGUGCCCUGCUCUGGGUUCUGUGCCUGUUGCUGAGCAUAUUGGAAGGAAUGCACUGUGGCUUGCUGAUUUGGAAUAUAGAUGAUUACAUGUGCCCGCUAUUUGAUAUCAUCAUCUGUGUAUGGCUGCUUGUUUUACUGGUGUUUCUCGUUGGUUCCAGCGUGACGCUCCUGCUUAGAAUGCUGUGUGGCUCCCAGCAGAUAAAACUUACCAGACUGUAUGUGACUAUUGGGCUCACAGUACUCGUCUUCCUCCUCUGUGGCUUUGCCUGGGGAAUUGAGUGGUUCCUUGUUGUGUUCUUUAAAUGUGAUGUGAAUAACUUCCUACAUUUUAAAGAAACCCCAGAAGUCCUGGCUUGUGUUAACAGCUGUGCCAACCCCAUCAUUUAUUUCUUUGUUGGCUCUUUUAGGCAAAAGAGGCAACAGCGGCAGAUCCUCAAGUUGAUACUACAGAGGGCUUUGCAGGACUUUCCUGAAGUGGAGGAAAGUGAAAGAAGCCCUGGUGGGAGGAACUCCACCACUCAGGAGCCCUGA